AUGCUCGAGAUGCUCGAGCCACUCAUUCGAAAUGGAACAUCAAAGGCCUUGUACGAUCUGCAAAGAUGCAAGCAUCUAGGAAAAUUGAUGAAGAACCAGAGGAAACCUGCGUGGCCUGCACCACCGAAUACCGACCUCCCACCGAAAGAAGUGGCGGAUGCCCUCGUUGAGAUUUAUCUCAGGACAUUUGAGACUUUCUGUAGGAUUCUCCAUAUCCCCACUUUCAGAAGAGAGUACAAUUCGCUGUGGCUAUCGGAUACCAACCCCGAUAUGGCUUUUCUGGUGCAGUUGAAACUCGUUUUUGCGAUUGGCGCAACAAUGUAUGAUGACAAGUUUUCUCUGCGUAACUCAGCCGUGCGAUGGGUGCACGAAGCACAAACAUGGAUCUCUGAACCGGAGUUCAAGGCAAGAUUGAAUAUUCAAUUCCUCCAGACUUCGAUUUUACUGCUCCUUGCACGAGAAAAUGUUGGGGUCGAUGGAGGUCUGAUCUGGAUAUCGACAGGACAGCUGUUUAGGACUGCAGUUUACAUGGGCCUGAAUCGAGACCCAAUAUACCUGCCGAAAAGCACAGCGUUCGCGAACGAAAUGCGACGGAGACUUUGGAACACAAUAAUGGAAAUUGCUCUCUCGACAAGCAUGGCAUCAGGAGGACCUCCUCUAUUCUCACUGGGCGACUUUGACACACACCCACCGGGCAAUUUUGAUGACGAGGACAUCAUGAGCGAUGACCCGGUAUCAAAGUCUGAACAAACAUUUACUCAAAUGUCUAUUAGCUUGGCUCUUCGGAAGUUGUUCCCACUCCGUCUAUCCAUUGUCAGAUCACUUAAUGCGCUCAGCGCACACAUGACGUACGAAGAGACAAUCCACGUCGAUUCGGAGCUGCGCCGCUCUUACAAACCCAUCUAUCAAACCUUGAAACAAUACGGGCCCACUAGUGGGACAUCACAAUUCGGAAUCAGAACUCUCGACUGGCUUGUCCGCCGUUACCUUGCCGCGCUACACAUGCCAUUUUUCGCCGGUGUCGUAGAUGAAACGGCAUUCGCCUUUUCGAAGCAGGUUGUUGUCGAAAACGCACUCAAGAUCUGGUCUACCAUCUUCCCCUCAUCUCUUAUGGCCAGCACCACGAAUGAAGAGCAGAAUACAACGCAACAAGACCUGACACGAUUGGCCCAGUGUGGGUGCGGCCCUUUCCGCACUGCUGCAAUGCAAUCGUGUUUGCUGAUUGCGUCGGAGUUGAAAGCUCAGCUUCAGGAGGAAUAUAGUCUUGGACUAGUUCCAGUACGGCGUGAUCUUCUUUGUGUCAUUGAAGAUUACAAAAAUUGGUAUUUGAAGUGCAUGGAGGCUGGAGAGACGAAUACAAAAGGAUACCUUGUCACAUGCUUGGUUUAUACACAGAUCAACGCUCUUAUGAUGGGCGCCUCCAAGGAAAAGUUACCAUACAUGCUUCUGCAGGCUGCAGAAGAUGCCAUGUCCGUGUGCUUGUCUAUUUUGGAGGACAAGGCAGGCGAAGGUCAAGAUAACGGAGUGGAAUUUGAUAUUUCCAAUGAUCUCGACGUUGAUGGCAUGCUGGAUCUACUUGGGGACUGGACAGUUAUGAUGCCCGAAAGUCAGUUUGACUUUGGUAUAUCCGAACCUAUGAAUUGGGCAUACAGUGCAUUUGGAUAA